CCCCCGGCAGCCCGAACCAAUGGGCGCGGGCAAUGGGCGGGGCGGGGGUGUCCGUGCCCAGGCUCUGGAUUGGGAGCAGGGCAGGAGCCGGGCCGGGCCGGCGGCGUGUGCAGCGCUGCACGAAAAUGCACUCGGAUGCCGCCGCUGUCAAUUUUCAACUGAAUUCUCAUCUAUCAACACUGGCAAAUAUUCACAAGAUUUACCACACCCUCAAUAGGCUGAAUCUGACAGAGGACGUUGGUCAAGACGAUCACCAGACAGGAGAGAGCCUUUCAAAGAUUCGAAGAAUAGGAAGUCUUCGGUCUUGCAGUUCAUCAGACUGCUUUAGUAAAGUGAUGCCUCCAAGGAAAAAGAGGAGACCUGCAGCAGGAGAUGAUUUAUCUGCUAAGAAAAGUAGACAUGAUGGUAUGUAUAGAAAAUACGAUUCAACUAGAAUAAAAGCAGAGGAAGAAGAAGUCUUUUCAAGUAAGAGAUGCUUAGAAUGGUUCUAUGAAUAUGCAGGCACAGAUGACAUUGUAGGGCCAGAAGGUAUGGAGAAAUUUUGUGAAGACAUUGGAGUUGAACCAGAAAAUGUAGUUAUGCUUGUGCUAGCAUGGAAGUUGGAUGCACAAAACAUGGGCUACUUUACAUUACAAGAAUGGUUAAAAGGAAUGACAUCACUACAGUGUGACACUACAGAAAAAUUGAGGAAUUCUCUGGAUUACUUGAGAUCUUUAUUAAAUGAGCCUGCCAAUUUUAAACUUAUUUAUAGAUAUGCCUUUGACUUUGCACGGGAAAAGGACCAGCGCAGCCUAGAUAUCAAUACUGCCAAGUGCAUGUUGGGCCUUCUUUUAGGAAAAGCAUGGUCCCUUUUUCCAGUAUUUCAUCAGUUUCUAGAGCAAUCAAAAUACAAAGUUAUCAAUAAGGACCAAUGGUGUAAUGUUCUUGAAUUCAGCAGAACAAUUAACCUUGACCUCAGUAACUAUGAUGAAGAUGGAGCCUGGCCAGUAUUGUUGGAUGAGUUUGUGGAAUGGUAUAAAGGAAAACAGAUGACAUAGGAGUUUAACUAUGCACAGCCACUCAAGAGUCACUGUUACCACAGUUAUGUCAACCAUUAGCCAUAAACUGCUGUUUGUAUCAAAGUGCAUGCUGCUUUUCUUGCACUGCAUCCCUUUGGCAGGGAACUUUCGAUGUUUGCUAUUUAACAAGCUAGCUAUGCUUGCUGUUUAGCAUUGUUCUCUUUGAAGGCUGCUUUGCAUUUUGUAUUUACACUACGAAUUGGUGAACUUGCCAGAGUCUUCACUGUGAUUAUGUGUAUAUUGCUGUCUAAAUUUUGUAUAUGUGUAUAAAAAAAGGCUUCACCUAGGAAUUAUUUCUGCAGAAAUGUAUUGUAAAAAUAAUCUCGUGGCAUAUUUCUAAUCAUCACUUACAUGUCUGUUGAAACUUUAGUUAUUUUUUCUUUUUGUCUCAAAUGUAGCAUUUCAGCCUUUCUGGACAUAGUUAUGUGAAGAACUAUUUACAGUUUCAAUGUUACUUUCGAGAUGCCAAUUUCUGAGAAGACAUGCUGUGAUUUCCUUCACCAGAAUUCGCCAAACCUGACCUAAUGCUUUAUAGGAAUGAAACACUGGUGUCUUAAAAAUAUAUAUACAUAUAAAUAUUUAAAUGCUGUAAUAGUUGUACAUGCCACAGAUGAUUUCCAUUUGAAAAAAAAAGUACUGACUUUUUAAUGUUAAAACUGCAGUAGUCAUUACAGGUACAAAUGAAAAAAUUAAAAUACCUUUUAAAAAUGGG